CAAAUAAGCCAGCUUGGGGAUGUUGCUUUCAUUUUUUUGAACAGUCUUGCUUUUUAUUUAGAGACAAUUUUGACAGGUGGCAAACUCUUUGGGGAGUUGUUGCCAGGAAUCCUGGCAGCUGCAGAAUAGUAUGGUCUAUUGUUUUAACUGAAUAAUGUUCCUGAAUUUAGGAGUCUCCCUGGUGACCACACCUGGGCUUGAGCAGGCAGUAUUACUGGUGCUGGAAAUGGAACCUCUUUUAUAUUUAUAUCCAUUUUUUUUUUGUUGCAAGCAGCUUCAGUCUCUUGUUUCUCAGCACCUCCUUUCUGAGGUUGAGCUGUAGGCUGUUCAGAUCUGAACAGACUGGAGGUGCUUGUGUGAACAGGUGAAAUGUGAAAUUGAAUCCUGUAGGACAAAUUAUUUAACCUUCCAUUUAAUAUUUUUGUUCUGAUAGUGCUUUUGACUUACUUAAUCAUGAGUUUAAUUGUUAAUAGUAUGUGCCUCAGAACCAGUGAAAUCUCUGGAGCCUUGUGAAGUGCAGCCUUCUAACAAGAAUAGGUGUUCAGCUCCCAAUAGACAUUCAGCUCCCAAAGAGUUUGUUUUGAGCUUCUCUAAGGCAAUAUGACUAAAGGGACAGUCCUAACUCUCCCUUCUUGAAAUUCAAGCAUCACAGUGUUGGGGAUGACAGGGCAGCGGAAUCUGAAGCAGUGCUGCUCUGGGACAGCACUAUCUGUUGUGUGUCCAUGGGCUUUUGCUUGCAGCAACUAAUACUGGGUCUGAGACAGAUGAAGUAUGCACUGAGAUGUGUGUUCUAACUGAAAGGCUGUGCAAUGCUCUUCUGGAGCAGGAGUGCUGCCGUGUUGCUGUCUGGCAAAGGUUGCUGUAGCAUUUUUAUAGAGUGUUAGGACACAACUCAGUUGUGGUGGAGAGAAUUUGCUACCCCAGCCAUAGGAAGAUGAGUUGAGCUGGGUAGUAGGUAUACCUGGAAGAUGUGCCAACUUGCUCCUAAUAAUUAAAGCAUUAACAUACCACAGUAGGAGCAGUGUAAAUACAUGUUCCUUUCCCAUUCUGUAGGAAAGGAAUUUUAGGCUGUGGAGCAGAUUGGCCACCUUCUUUUUGCAUGGAAUGAGGUGGAUUUUCCUACUGGAGAAAAUCAUGAUUGUCUUUUCUCCAGAAACUGUUCAAGAGGAGAAUUUUCUAAUGAAACAGACCUAAUGCAUCCCUGCUUCUAUAGGGACAUGGCAAUGUGUCUGCAAAGUCUGGAUUUGUAACUUUUUUCCUUUUGUUACAUAGGAACGCUACAAACCAAACCCUUCUGAAACCCCGGUGCAUCAAUUUGUGAUUAGCAAUAAAAUGUAGUAUUGAGUAGUGAUACAACUCUUGAUCAGAAAAGAAAUAAACUGCAACUUUUAUACAGAAAAUCUUUAGCCCUACAUUUUUAUAGGGUCAGAAGGAUAAGUAGCAAAAAUUUGCACACUGUUUUGCAUAGAGGUAAUCUGUCUGAAUUUUGUGGUGGAAUACCUUAUUCAUCAGUAUUGGAAGGUUUAAACAGAUUCUGAAAGGAGAUAAUGAGAGGGGUUUUUUGUGUGGUUUUUGGUUUGUAUUGGUUUUGAGUUUUUUUCCUUUUACCAUGUCCAAAACUCCUGGUCUCAGGGUAUUAAAUGGCUUUCUGAUGAAUGGGAUAGUUGGCUUGAUAAAACCAGGUUUGUUAAGACCUGAGUCUAGUAGCUGCAGUUAAUCUGGUCCAGGCAAUAGGAAUGAAACUGCACUUUGACAUCUGAGCUUUUAUAUAAGCCUCUGAAGUGAUGUGCUGUGAGCAAAUGUGGAGAAGAGCUGGCAGGGCCUUAACAAACUUGCCUCUGUUCUGUCAGAGUUAAUUUGGUAUUAACUUCUCAUAGGAUGAACACUACCUGUGUGUAACUGAAAAUAUACUCCUUGUCACAAUCUGCCACUCUCCCUCCAGGGAAAAGGUACCUGCAUUCAGUCUUUGUCCCCAAACUGCUGUAGAACUUAAAUUCACCUUUUAGGUGCCAGAUGCUAUACUACCUGUGCUGCAAACACAUAGUUCAACAGCUUCAUCCUAAAAUGAUGACCUCGUAGGAAACAGCUGGAUUUGUUUGGUAUGGUGUUCUUGGGGUUGGUUCUCGGGCUGGUCUGUGCAGGGCCAAGAGAUGGAUUUUAUUGAUUUUUGUGUGUCCUUUCCAACUCAAUAUAUUCUGUUGUUCACCUGCAGCAGGUUUUGCCACUCAGCUCUGACAGUAUUCAGUGACUUUCAGGAGCUGCUAUGCAUAGUAUUUGUUCUGGAACAGGAGCUUUGUUAUCUGUUGCUGGCAUGUUUUCUGCAGGUGCCAGAUUUGCUCUUGUUGACAGUUGCACAGUUGACUGCACUGUGUUGGAAACUGCUGCCAUCCUGCACUCUGAGACAAAGGGCCUUCCCAAUUUUCCUGUCAGUUCUUGUGCUGCAUCAUUCAAAUAAUACUGCUAACAGCUGCAGGGGCUAAACUGUGUUUUAGGCUUCUCUCCGAACUUAAGAUCAGUGACCCUGAUGUUUGAGGAGUCUUUAUUAUCUGACUUUGCAAAUGCAAUUUGGUUUAUGGCUUGAAGUAUAACACAUAGCAGUAAAAGCUCUGUACAGAGCAGCUGUCUCAAAAGUACAUAGGCUUUCCAUUACCAAGAGUUUUAUCAUGUCUGAUAAUUUUGUUCAGUGGUUUUGGCUUUUUUAGAAGAGAGUUUAUUAUCCUUUUUACAGCAUCAUUCCAGUGAGGGUGAGGGGCUGCCAGAUUAUCAGCUAGUCAGGUGUUUCUUGAGCAUGUUCAGUACAAAAUCAUGCUCAGUGUGGCUCUGGUGGCCUUUUGUUGGGUCCAUUGCAUGUGGUGCUGCAGUCACUAGACCUCUUCACUUUUCAUGAAGCUUCCAUCUGUGACUGGUUCAGGUUGGACCCACAAGGAGAAUUUUUUGUAUAAACAAAUAGUGGCAUGAGCUUCACAAGUCAGUGAUAACUUUUCAUAAGAUUUUAAAAGGUGACUGUAUUCUUUGUAAAGUACCUGAUUGCAGUAAUAUUUCUGCCUGUGGCUGAACUUCUAGGAGACCUCUUUUCUAUCAGCAGACUUCUCAGAUGACCAGAGGCAAUACUGUCAGUAGUAGGACCCAUCUCCUUGCUUCUUCUCUCUCUUUAUGGUGUUUUUAGCUGGGUUGAAUUGAUUCUGCACUGUUUGAGGAGCACAGUGACAUAUCCUAAAGCUUCCAGUGCAUCUCAGUUCUUCCAUUCUUUAACUGGGUUCCUGGUGUCUGACAUGUCUGCAGUUGUGCUUGUUUUCUAAUGAAACAUGGGGUGAAAUCAAGACUGGUAGCCUGUAUGUUGUUUUCAGUUUCCUCAAGAAAUAAAUCUAGUUUCAAAAAAGACAAUCUCUAAACUAAUUUAAGAACUAAAGCAAUGGGACUUGGAAAUACUCAUCAUGCUUCUAAUUUUUCGAUUAGCAUUAUUCUUUUCUAAUAUUCAUCUCCUUAAUGCUUAUCUAGUGAGUUCUCAGGUGUCUUUCAGAGACCUAAGUGGAGUUCUGUUAUUUAAGGACUCAGUCCUGCUUGGCUGUUUAACUAGAACAGGGAUGGAACCACAGAAUCAUCUCUCCUCAUUGAAACACAGAGCUGAGACAUCUGCAGCAAGAACUGAGUUGCCUUAGGAUCCCUUUGUAGCUGAGAGUGCCAGAAGAGGACUCAUCAGAAAAUCUUACCUGGGCGCAGUCUCAGACAGCUCUUUUCUUUACUUUGGUGUUGACUCUUGAACUUCACAGUGCUGGUUAAGACCUGCUGAAUUGGCAGUCAGAGAAAGGAGAUUCUUCUACUUUAGCUCAGGGAUUUUUGUUACUGAUACACCAAGUGUAUCAGUAACCUUGAGUAAUUUGCUUAUUGUAGUGUUAUUUCAGCUCAUAUCUUUGAAACCUAAUGUGCCAGGUAUUCCUAUAGCCAGCUUUUGUAGUUUAGAGAAAAUGAUAAUGGCUCCUUUUCCCUGACAAAUUUGUAGAUACUACACAAAACCUGUCAGUGUGGGCAUUUAGAUUAGUGUAAAGUGUGUAGUAUUCUCAACUGAACAUGGACAACAAUGUUGUUGUAUUGAUGAAAGUCAGAAUAAGCCUUUUUCUCCUAAUCAGUCUUAAUUUUUCCACAUUGCUGUUAGAGCUGUUGAACAGCUAUAGAUUUCUCCCUUGGAUGAAUGAAGAGCACAACAUUCCAGGUGGUGUUUGUUGCUUGGUUCCAGUAAUGAGCAUGGCUGAGGGUGUGUAUCUGCAGUUUCCUUUGACCUCACCAGAAUGGUCUCCAGAGGAAUGGGAAACAUUCACCUGAUUGCCAUCUUUUCAGGAAGCUGUGGCAGAUCCAUGCACAAGCACUGCCACAGCCUCCUUGCUGCAGCAUGAGUAAUGUGACAACGCCAGCAUCAAAACAGUUCUGACAGCACCUAGCAAAUGAGGGAAGUGUGUGGGAGGGUACUGGAAAAAGAUUUAAAUGGUAUAGUAUGCAUGUUAAUUUUGAAACAAAACUGAGUAAGGUAGGAGAGCCUCAGAAGAGGUGUCUUUGGCCUGGAAUUUUGCAUUUAGGAAACGUUCUCACUGUUAUGAAUGGUUCUAGUGGCUGUGAACACCUUCAGUACAUGAUGCAGGAGAGAAAUGAAACAGGCCUGCUGCCUGUGCUCUUGUACCUCCCAUGAGUUACUGCCUGGCAGCGUGGGCUCCUCAUGCCGCCCAACACCCCAGGAACUGGGAUGCUCUCACCGUUAUCCACACUGCUGGCUGAAGGAAGAGCUGCCUCCUCACAGGCUGUAGGCAAGGUGGGUGGCUGGUUUUCAUAUCCAGGCUGAAGUCCUCCAUAUGGAGUUAGGAGCAAACCUGUCUUUACAGCCCAACAAGUAUGCUAUAGACCAAAGCAAACUACUUCAAGAAGUACAGUAACUCAAUCCCACAGUCUUGCUGAAUGUAGGGAGGCAUGGCAGUGUGUUGUAUCCAUGGACCUCCAGAGACACUUCAGACAUGGGGAUCAGAUGGUUGUGAAUGAACUGAUAUUAGUUCAUAUGCUUGGACUCUUCAUUUCCUCAAGUGCAACUUUUAUCUAAUUUCUGCAACUUUUGGGCUAAUUUUCUUGCCUGUCCUUGCAGCAGGGGUUAACUCAAACUUCCUUCCUAAUAGCUCCAAGCAAUUAAAAAGAAAUGGGUGCAGGAUAUGCAUGCCUUUAGUGUGGGUGGUGGGUGCUGAUGGGCUGCAGGUACAGAGGAGCAGUUAAGUUGCAGACAGUUCCAUGGAAAACAGGAGUGAUGUGAUACAGGAGAGCAAGGAAACUGGUGAUGGGGAGCGGCUACACCAAAGGGCCAAGCAGCCCAUGUGGUUUGGAACGGUUUGCCUGUGGUGGAUGGCUGCCCAGGCUACUUGGCUCUGCAACAGGAACACAGCUUUGCUUGUCCAGGCGCAGCAGAGCCAGGGCAGGAUGAAGAGAGCAGUUGUGUUGGCAGCCAGAGAUGGGUCUGUCCUGAGUCCUCUCUGGCCUUCCCAGUUCCAGCUGGAUAGAUGUUUCCAAACACCAUUUAACAGCUGGCGUCCACAGGGACUGGCAGAAAUGUAAAUGCUCAUAUUCUGCCAUUCUCUCUUUCAUUUGCAGAGGUAGCACAGGGCAUCCUCUUUGGACCCUCAGCAGUCCACACAGUGGGGCUGGAGCCAACCGUGCUCUUCCUCGUUGGUUGGAGGGUGACUCCUGUGGGAGCAGAGGUCUGCAGUGCUGUCACCAGGAGGGAGACCCCCAGCUUGGGCCCUCAGCACUGUGCAGAGUCUGGCAAGGGGAAAGGACAGAAAAAGAGAUCUUGGCUCUUCUCCCUCCCCAGUCGAAGCGGGUGAGGGGCUGCCAAGGGCUUUGCAGCAGGGAGAAGAAAGACAGCGUUCAUGGGAGCUGCGUGACUCCGAGCUGGUGGGCUGGGAGCCAGGCACGUCAGCACCUGAUGGGCCAGCACAGGAGGAAGGGCUUCUUGCUCCUCACGCCUCACCUUCUCCAGAGGAGCCCUUUCAAGGGGUCCCAGCCCAGUGUAGUGAGGUCUCUCCUGCCCCACUGCCCUGCCUGUUCUGGGCUGAACUGUUGCCUGUGUGGGGCAUUGCACUGGCACAAUGUGCUGGGGAGGUCUUUCCCCAGGAGCCUGCUUUGUUCACUCCUACCCUGGACCAUGCUGGCUGAGACAGCUGCCCAGGAUCCCUCCUGCCUGCCUGUGUCCUCCACUCUGUCAUCUUGUGUGGGUAGAUUUGGGGGACCUGGAUCAGUCCUUUGACCAUCUGUGCAGACUCUGCAAAGAAGCAGCCUCCAGUUGUGCAGUGGCUGUAUGGAGGCUGCACAGAUUGUUCCCAGAAAGUGCAUGGCUAGGGCUGUGGGUGUGAUCCUGGGAGCUGGACAGUCAUCACCUCUCACAGUAGAGAGCCCUUGUUCAGGCAGGCUGGAGCCUGCCUAGAGAAUCCUUCUUCCUGAAGCCACUGGACAGAAGAGCCCUUGUGCAGCCUUUUUGGAGAGGUGCCUGGUACCUGCUGAGGCAGACUUUCUGCUUCCCAGUGAACAGAUGCCUGGCUAUGGCUGGGCCAUAUGGUGUUUUGGACUUGCUGCUCUCCCAGCACAACCUCUCCUCCAGCCCUACAAGCAGGUGAGAUUGCUCAGGGCUCUGAUCCCUGGCGACAGCUCCCUGCAGGCUGUGGGAGCUGCCAACAGUCUGGUGCAGGGAGAGGUGUGACAGGUCUGUGCUUGGAGCGUGUGCCUCUGGGAAGUGCCACCCAGUCAGUGUGGCCUUAAUGCUGUGUCACCGUUGCAGGAGAGGUUUGGUUGUGCAGGGGGCUUGCCCUGCUGGCCCAGGAUCUGAGGAAACCACACCAUGCGGUGAGGGUGAGUAAACAGCACUUCAGGUUUGUGGUCAAGUAUGAUUGUGACAUCCUGAGGGCACCUCUGAGGCUGGGAUGAAAUCAGACUCUGCCUGCCAGCCAAGAGUCUAUAUCAGAGCCAGAAUCUCUGGUGCUGGCUUCACGAUCUUAUCCUGUAAGCCAUUCCUACAGGAGCUGCUACAUCCUUCCUGACUUCUCCAGCAGUCUCUGCUGCUUUCCCCGCUCAGUCAGGUUUAUUGGGUGAGCGAUUGCCCGAGGCUCAGCGUCAGCAGCUGUGCUCACUGUCAGGCCAUGUGGAUUUGGGAUGGGAAGGGAGGAGCUGGCAGCUUUGCCCUUUGGCAGCAUGUUGCAGGGUACAAAGCCAGCCAGCCCUCUUGCCAAGCUGUAAAUUUGCCCCUUGCUCUUGUGCUUCUCUGGCUUUUCCUGUGGGCUGAGGGUUCAUCCCACUCAUGCUGUGGCUGCUCUGCUAACUUGUCCUUCAGCUCCCUGUGCCCUUAUGCUCGCACACACAGUGCUGUCAGCUCAGCUGCCUGGGUGCACUUCUGACUCAUCAUGUGCUGCCUGGGCAGCUCCCCAUUUCAUUACUGUUAGGAGUUCAUGGCAGUGGGCUGUGAAACUCUGUUUCCCUCCACCCUGCUCAGUCCCAUGCAUUGAGGAGGGACAAAGAUUUGUGGAGCUGUCUGCCCUGACCAGGAGAUCCCUAGCAGUGUGCUGUGCCUGGCUGGGAUGCUCUAUGCCAUGGUCUGUCCUUGGCACCUCUCUCCUGUGGAGAUUUCUGCAGCACAGCACAGGAUCUCAGGAUCCUGUGCCAGCGCAGGGCAGAGGAGCUGGUGCUUCCCCAGGCAUUCUGGCAGGGACCAGCCAUUUUCAUCUGCAUAAUGGAGACUAUAGCACAGCCACCAUCAACCCACUCUGGGAUAUUUUUAUCCUGGCUGUGCUGAUGAGGGAGAGAUGACAGGCUCACUCCACAUCCAGACUAUGCAAUGCCUCUCCCAGCUGCAGCCACCUGGCGCAAUGGAGAAGUGUGGGCUGUUCCCCCAGGGAAGGCAGCACUCACUGUGUGCUGUGGCUCUGGGCUUGCUGGGAGCAGCCACUGGUGCUCGGGGGGAUUGAGGUGUUUCGGCAGCACCCUUCUCUCUGUGUCCCCUGCCUGUGGCUGCCUCUUCAUGGCUGCUAUCAGCCCACAUCCUGCUAGCAAACAGAGCACCCAGAGGCCUUUCCCCCUGGCUGCUCUAACUCCCUGUUAUGAAAAGCAGCUGCAAGAAUGCACAGGUUGUCACAAAUGCUGAAUCUCCAAAACCGAGCAUGUUUGUGUCCCUCAGCAGAGCACAAACCCUUGGCCACACCCUGCAUCACAGGGGUCAGGGCAGUGCAAACUGAGCCCUCAGCCCCUGCACACUCACACAGCUCCUAUGGCCAAUGCCAUGCUGGGUGACUCCUCACCUUUCUUCCUUUUCCCUAGAGGGAGCAGAUAAGCCUCAGCACCCAGGAGUGGGGAAGAAAGGCACUGGGACAUGGCAGGGCUACCUCAGCUAGCAGCUACCCUGCCAACCCAGUGUCCCAGGCCAGGCAGCUGUUCUCGUGACCAACAGGGAAGCACCUCCACCAGCAGCACCAGCAUUUCCUCCCACCACCUUCCCAGUGACUGGCAGCAUUUGAGAUGCCUGAUGCUUUCCUUUCCUCCUCCUGCUCCUUGCCCUUGCUGCUUCCCAUCUCCUUGAUCCCCUUCCUGAGCAUCAUGCUUGCCCUAGUCUCAGACGUGUAAGAGGUGAGAUGUUUCAAGAGCAUCUCUCUGGGCUCAUGGCUCUGCACCCUGGGAGAUGUUGAUGUCCCUUGGUGCAUCACAGGGUUUUCAGAGGGGCAGUCACCCACAGAGGUGCAGCCUGUAGCUCUGCACACAGGACAUGUCCUGGGAGUUGCUUACCAAAGGCAGCAUUGCUGACCAUUUCCUUUGGGCACCUGGGGAAGAGAUCAGAGUGACACAAAUGGGGAAGGUUUGUAAACCUGAAGUGGACACUGACUCAGGCACUUGUGCUGCUGUGCUUAUGCUGUGGGUCAUCAGCUCACUUGGGUAUAUAUGGGAGAGACAGGUAUGAGUAACAGAGUUGCUGUGUUGUGUGAAGGUUGCUGGUGCAUUACUUGGGUUCAGAGGCUCCAGUUCACCAUGGAGCAAUGGAGAGGAGGUUCAGGCUGAACAGGAUGAAAAGAGGAGCCUAUGGCUAGUGGCCCUAUCACCAUAGCAGGACAGCUGAAGGUACACAAGGGAUUGCUGCACUGCAAGUAAUUAAGUACUAAAGCUCCAGGCUGGAAAUUAUGCAUUCCCUGGGUCAAGGGCUGGCAAUGAGCACUGCUGCAAGGAGUGUAAUGCUACAGAGCCAGCUCAGGCUGUUGUACCUGUUUUUAGAAAGACAUGUGCAUAAGCUGGAAGAGCAGGUGAACAAAACUGUCCUCAGGCAGAGCCCUCCACAACUUUUCCACUGCCUUCUCUGGCUUGCAGGAAUCAGUGCUGGCCUCCUUUUUGCUGCUAGAGCUGUUUGGACAGGAGAUCAGGAGGGCUGCUUACAGGUCAGGGCAAUACAGCAAGCACAUCCAUCCAGCAUCUCUUCUUCAUGCCUGAGCCACCGAUGUCAAAACAUUCAAGUUGAGACCUUAAACUUGUUGAGAUCUAGUUGAGAUCUAAACUUAUUUUGCAAGCUGCUUCAUGGUAAGGAUGGCUGCCUCUGCAACCUUCAGUGACUGUGCCACAGACUUGAUUCCAGACUUCAGUUUUUCCCAUCUUCAACUUCUCACCUUUGGCUUCUGCCCUUCCUUCUGCCAAUACCAGUACUCUGCUCCUUCUGGCAGUGAGGAAACCCUCUCCUGGGGCAGUGAAGUACCUUGUACUCCUCACAUCCUUAUUUGUCACAUUUCCAACCCUUGGCUCCUUUUUUGUGAUAGUGUUGCUGCUCCUUGGCAUUUCUGUGCCUGUUCUGAAGUUUGGAUAGCUGGACCAGACAUCAAGUUGGCUUUGCCAGCAAUUUGGAAAUCCUCUCCAUGCCCCUCUGACUCAUGGCCCUCAGAGCCAAGGUACUGUGCUGCAGGCUCAUGGCAACAGUCACAUGUGGGGACAGCUCUUUUGCAGCUUUUUUCCUUAAUUUUGCCUCCCACCCCUGCUUUCAGGGAGAUUCUCUACCCUGUGGUACAGCCUGUCUUCUCCAUUCCCAAGAAGCUUCCUUUGCAGCCCAUCACUGGGCUGGGGACUGUUAUAAUUUUCCCAGGCCAUUCAGCUCAUGCUGUAGCAGCAAGCAGCGUUCAGUGUUUUAUCAGCCCCAAAUGUAAGCCUUCAUCUUGUCAUCCAGAUUAUGGAUAUUAAGAUGUAUUAAAUGGCACUGGACCAGAGGUCACUGGGGGUCUAAGUAGGCUUCCUGUUGUUGAUGUCUCCCCAUUAAGCCUUGGCUCACUGACAGAUCUCAGAAUGUAGCUGUUAAUAUGCGUAGUUGUUAAUCUACUUGAGUCUUAUUAAUUCUUUAUAAUACAUACUUUUAAUUAAAAUCCUACAGCAUUAUUGAAAGCAGUUGAGAAGGCAAAGUGUUCUCUGCAAAUGCUCCUACUCUCAGCACCCAGAACUUUCCUUUUGCCCAGGAAGGAGUUUCCCUGUGUAACAGCCUCAGGGUGCCUUUAGCUAUGCUUUCACUUACCCAGUGGCAGUCUGGAGCUCUCUGCCCAUUGCCUUGACCCUUUAGAUUAUGUUUGCCUCCUACCAGCUGACCAUUCAUUAAAAAUUAACACAUGUGUUUGGGAAAGUCUCUGAUUAAAUCAUCAAAUUGUUUGCAAAUUACUUGGGCCUGUAGCAUGAGUGUGGCUGGAAUGGGGAGCUGCAGCCUUUUCUUGUGCCACUGCUUUGCCGAAUUCCCUCCUCUCUGUGACAGCACAUGAGGUGGAGUCACUCCUGCCCUUCCUGUUUGAGAGGAGGCAGUGGCUGGAUGGUGCUUGCCUGCCUCACCUGACUCUUCCAGCUGUUUUUAUGGUAUGAAAGGGGAUGGGGUAGUGCCUGUUUGGAGAGCUCAAGAUGAACCCAUUGGGGCUCAUGGCCAUCACAGUUCUAAGCAUCUCAGAAAUUCAAGUUUAUUCAGCAAUCAUGUCAGAAACUCAAGGACAGCACUCCUGGCUUCAGAGAGGCAGCAUGGCCACAGCUGGAACUGGGCUCAUUCAAGAUUCCUGCAGCACUGGCAUGAAGAAAUGCACUGUGAUAUCCAGUAAUGGCACCUGGGCUGAGGAAGACUCCCUAUUUCACUGCCAGAUCUCAGGUCAUGUAGAAGAGCAGAUUUAAUGUGAAGAUGGGACUCUUGGUGUUUAUGCGUAACCUGCUGCUAGCCCUCUGCCUCUUUCUGGUACUGGGAUUUCUGUACUAUUCUGCUUGGAAGUUGCACCUUCUCAGAUGGGAGGAUUCAAAUUCAGUGGUUCUUUCCUUUGACUCCGUUGGACAUACAAUAGGCUCAGGAAGGAGAGAGAGAAAAACUGUGGCUAUUGUGCUUCCGCUGUCCAUCCCAUCUCACCUUGCUGCAGACCCAGGAAAAGACAGAGCCCAGAAAGAACCCACAGAAACCAUGGCAGCUCCAGGCCCAGCCAUUCCCAAAUACGACAAACUUGGAUUUCUCCUGAACCUGGACUCAAAAUUGCCUCCAGAACUGGCAUCAAAGUAUGCCAAUUUCUCUGAGGGAAUGUGCAAGCCAGGCUAUGCAUCAGCGCUCAUGACUGUCAUCUUCCCAAAGUUCUCAAAGCCGGCACCAAUGUUCUUGGACGAUUCCUUCAGGAAAUGGGCACGUAUCAGGGACUUUGUACCCCCCUUUGGAAUUAAAGGACAAGAUAAUCUGAUCAAAGCCAUCCUGUCAGCAACCAAAGAUUAUCGUCUAACUCCAGCUCUUGACAGUCUCAGCUGCCGGCGAUGUAUUAUUGUGGGAAAUGGUGGAGUACUUGCAAAUAAGUCAUUGGGGUUAAAAAUUGAUGACUAUGAUGUUGUUGUCAGGCUGAACUCGGCUCCAGUGAAGGGCUUUGAAAAGGAUGUGGGUGGCAAGACAACACUCCGGAUCACAUAUCCUGAAGGUGCAAUCCAGAAAAUGGAACAGUAUGAGAAGGAUUCCCUGUUUGUUCUGGCAGGAUUCAAAUGGCAGGAUUUCAAGUGGCUGAAAUACAUUGUUUACAAGGAGAAAGUGAGUGCCUCUGAUGGCUUUUGGAAGUCAGUGGCGACCCGUGUCCCAAGGGAGCCUCAUGAGAUACGUAUCCUGAAUCCCUACUUCAUCCAGGAGGCAGCUUUCAGCUUCAUUGGACUGCCUUUCAACAACGGCCUGAUGGGCAGAGGGAACAUCCCCACCUUGGGAAGCGUAGCAAUAACCAUGGCGCUGCACAACUGUGAUGAGGUGGCCGUAGCUGGCUUUGGCUAUGACAUGAGCUCACCCAAUGCACCGCUGCACUACUAUGAGAACAUCAAGAUGUCUGCCAUCAAAGAGUCCUGGACGCACAACAUCCAGCGGGAGAAGGAAUUUCUGAGAAAGCUGGUGAAAGCCCGAGUCAUCACUGACCUGACCAGUGGGAUUUGAGUGGCUGCAGCCACUGCAUCCAAGGGAGGAGAUGAAGACACGCUGCAGCUCUGGGAGCAGACCCUGGCAGCCCCUGCAAGAAUCCCACCUCACUGAAGACACACAGAGAUGCCCAGGUGCUCUGGGAAGACCCUCUUGCAUUGCCAGUCUGCACGAGGGUUACAUCUCCCACCUCCAGGCCUAGAGCUGGCAGGAGGUGGGCAAGGGGCUCAGUGGACAGUUCUUGAACUCUGCAUCGCAGACAGAUCUUCUGCAUCCUGAAUUAGACAGGAAAGACUCAGGAGAGAGAAGAAAGGUUUGUGAAUAAAACGAUUAGUGCCAAAUGGGAGGUGAUGCUGCCCCAAGGCAGCAAAGCCUGAAUGUACAAAGUAUUAUUUUUUAAAAGACUGCUGGAACCAUACUAGAAAUACCAAGGUACAAGGCAAAGUCUGCUUGCGCACAGCCCUGCGAAAAACCUGGCCUCUUCAUUCUCCAUCUGCAUUGUCACCAGCCUCUGACCUUUCCCCAGGAAAACAAAUCCAUCCAAAACUUCGGUGUCAUUGGUGCUGCUACGAUUUGAAGGGAGAAUAAUGGCUUCCUCUCAUUCUCCACUUGGAGCUUCUGGAUGGAGAUGAGCAUGGGUUUGUUUUUCUGCAUUUUUCCUCACAUCCUCCACACAGGCAGCAACAGCAGCCAGUGACUUGGCUGUGUUUUCCAUAGCCAUUUGCUCUGCCUCUGCCCUGACCCCGAGGUGGAGCAGGGAGCUGGUGGCUUUCCCCGCCUACAGCAGACCCUCCCCACCUUCCUGCCUGUCACGAUGCAGAGGAGCCUCUGCCCCGUUGUGCUCAAGGCUUUCAGGCCUCUUGGUUUGUGCCUGCUGUGCAGGGCCCCUGAAGAGUCCGUGCAGACUUGUGUCACUGUUUCUGGACAGCAUCUCGCUUUGGUUUUGUGUGGGAGGGGAGUAACUUAUUCUUUGGAAGGAGGUCAGAUCUUGAGCAGAGAUCUCAAGCUUUACAGUUUGAGAGAAGACUGCUGAAGAUGUUUGUUUUACGUUCCAGACUCAAUCAUGUUCCCUAUUUAAGCGACGUGUGACCUCAAUGAUGAUGGAACCUGAUGGGAACUCUCACCCUCUGCUCGGCCCCUGCUCACUCCAUUUCCAAGCUCCUCCUGUGCUGCUCUAGCACUGCUGCUCCUCCUGCUCUCAGGAGCACGUCCUUCCUUUGCCCUCUUGGUCCCAAGAUGCACUAUUUGCACAUUUGAUUUGUAUACGUAUUUCAGAGGAGCUGGAAUAAACUGAUCAACGUGGCCAAGUGCGAGGGCAGCAGGGUGGUCUCUUCCACCUGAAGAGCGUGGGCAGAAGGGAGGUUGCCAAGGGAAUGAGCAGUUACAUGUGGAAAGUGGCUCCUGUGCUCUCCUAGCCUGGGGCAGGCUGGAGUGCACCCACAGGCACUGUCCCAGUACCUGGGUGUCAAGGUACUGGCACACAGCCAGCCGGUGCUGGGGUCUGUGGAGGGGGAUCCCAGAGGGGUGUGGGUUGGGCUCAUGGUCCUGACACUGUGUCUGACAUAGCCCAAGGAUUGCAGUCUGCCUUGCUCUGGACUGAAGGGAGCAUGACCCUGGCAUGGGCAAGGACUGCUCGGAGCAGGGUGAGCAGGGCUCCCCUAGACCAGCUCUGCACCUGCUGACUUGCAGGGACUGUGGCUUUGGACCUGAGACCCUCAAGGGGGUGUGCAGGAGGGGCAGGCAGUGACCCAGGCAUGGGGCAGACCAGCAAACUGUACAGAAUGGUUUGAGACCAGGCUGCAGGCAGAGGCAGCUCCCAGGACACGGCUCUGAGUGCUGCUUACAGAGCUGUAUGGGAUGCCUUCCCCAGGAGCCUCUCCUGCCUGCUGUGCCUGUAGCCAAGGAGCUUGCUCAGGGUCAAGUCCUGCCCACCUUCUUGUUGUGGCUGCUGUUUCCCUUGUCAUCUGGGAGCAGCUCAAAGUUCCUGCUGCUUCUGGGCUGCAGAAGGCAUGCUGGGAGGCUCUCCAUCCCUUUACCCUUCCCAUGUCCCAUCCCCUCUGCUCUGGCCUCCCAGCCAGGCAGUCCCCAUUCACCCAGGGACAUGCCUCCUUUCAGGAUGCUCUGUCAGGUUUACAGCAGGUUUUUGAGCAUGUGCUAUGGCAGAUACUCCUUUUAACUAUCUCCCAUUUUGUUUUUCCUUCUUGAGGACUCCAUGGGACUGAAUUUCCAUGGCUCUCACCAGGCAGCCCGCCCUUUGCAGCUCCUGGGUGUCAGCCUGGACUUGGGACCAUCUUCUGUUGAGUCCCAGCCAUGCUGGCAGGGGGAAUGCUUGGUCUGGGUCUGGCUGAGGUUGUGGCUGGGGAAGGGUUGACACUCACUCUCUGUCUUGGUGCUUUAACCAGCAGCUGCAAGAGCCCUAGGGCUGUAUCCAUGGGCUGCAGUGAGCUGAGAUGGCAGAGUGGGCAGCUGCAUCUGGAAGGAGGAGGGAACAGCCUUUGGUGUCUCUGCUGGGGCCCCCACAGAGGAUUGUUCAGUUGCAUUACUGAACACUCAAAGCUCUAGGUCACUUUUAUCCUCCAACUCACUAGCUCCAGGUCCAAGGACACAGCAUGGCCACUGCUCAGCCUUCCCUGUUAUCCCUGCUCUCCACCACAGCCAUGAACAGGUCCUGAUGGGAAGUUGACCCUACAGACCAGGGACAUGAUUCCUAGUCCUUCCCUUCACCUUGACAGGAGUUUCCAGGCAGAAGUGCCCAAGUUGAAUAGAUGAGUGCAUGGCCCAGAGUGACUGCGGUGGGUCAGCAGCACCUGCAUGUAGAAGGAAAGAGCAUUUUGGGGACCAAGACUCCUCUGGCUCACUGACACCACAGAGCAGCCCAUGGCCAGGUGAUGGGGCUCCAGCUGCAGGAGCAGUGCACAGCACUGGGUUUUGCUCCUGGCUGCUGUUGUUUUGGCUGCCUCCCCAGGUGCACCUGCAGCCACCUCCCGCCCUUGAGAGGCUGCAGUCCUGGCAGCUCGGCACAGUGCACCGGGUCAGAGCAGGGUCAGUGGGACGGAUGUGAGUCUUGGCCUCUCCCUCGCAGUGACUCACCUUGUCAGAUCGGAAGGGAGAGCCCAGGGGAAUUCUCCACAGCCUAAAUAUAGAGCGGGGUUGCCUGGUGCCUCUGAUGCGCUGUGGUGCAGAAAGGCCACUCGGGUGGCAGGGAACCUGCCUGGAGACAGCCCAGGGAAGCACAGGGAGAUCAGGGCCCAGUGACCACAGUGGGUUUUGCUCCAACUAGUGCACAGAGCAGGUCUGUGAGCUGCAGGGCAGCCUGCAUGUGCUGCUCUGGAGGACAGGAGGUGCUGAAGAGCUGCUGCUGCUGUGCUGACCACACCACGAGCUGCUUGUGCAUGUGUGUCAGUGCCCACCACACUGGCACUGGGAUUCCACCACCAGCUCACCCUGUUAGACCUGGCCAUGCUGUGGCCUUGAGCUCACACAUGCCAAAGGUAAGCACCAUGGCCAGGUAGCAUGAGGCAGCAGUGGAAUCCAUCCCAGCGUUCCUCAUCCCAGCAUCUCUGGGCUUCCAGUGUCUCCUUCCUUGGAGGGAGAAGUGGAGAGGCCCUGCCUGGCCAUGCUGUGCUACCCCUCAGUGUGAGCACUGCUGGGAGCAGGGGAAGGUGUCAGGACAGGGCUGUCUGUGUCAAAUGGGCUCAGCUGGGUUUGGUACAGGCAGAACUGGACAUGGGCAAGGGCUUCCAGAGUGUUUGGCAGGGAGCAGCCACCAUGCUGAGCUCCACGGGCACCAGCACAGCGUGUGCUCUCGGUCCGAGCGUGUGUCACUCGCAGUAUUAGAGACGUGUCCUUCAGUGCAGGAGCCCCUUUGGGGCCACAGCCCGGCCCCUCUGGGCCCUGGCUCCUUGCACAGCCUGCACAGGGUCUCAAAAAGGCCAGUGCAUUCGCCGGUACUGUACCAAGCCAAGAUGCAAGAACUCAAUGAGUUUUUAAAUUAGUUUUAGUUUCUGCAUUUUUUUUUUAUUUUCCCUCUAGGCAGGGAGGGUAAGAGUCUUGCGGGCUCCUCCAAGCCGGCUUAUGUCACAUCAAUUCAGUCAUAUCACAGAAGCAAUAAAGCUAUCAAACAAG